GUCACGCACCAGGCACGGGAAGCGUGCCAGAUGAGGACAGAAGCACGACGAAAAAAUCUUCUUAUUUUGAUUUUGCAUUACUUAACACAAGAAGGAUAUAUCAAUGCAGCCAAUGCUUUGGAGCAAGAAACUAAACUGGGGUUACGACGAUUUGAAGUUUGUGACAACAUUGACCUUGAAACUAUUUUGAUGGAAUAUGAGAGCUACUAUUUUGUGAAAUUUCAGAAAUACCCCAAAAUUGUCAAAAAAGCAUCAGACACAGCAGAAAAUAAUUUACCACAAAGAAGUGGAGGGAAGACCAGAAGGGUGAUGAACGACAGUUGUCAAAAUCUUCCAAGGAUCAGUCAGCAGCGGCCACGGUCCAGAACCACAGUGGGGAAGUCAGGGGAUGCCAAAUCCAACCAAAAGGAGCAACCUAAACAGGAGGCUGUCAAUAAUUCUCACAUGGAGAGUGCUGACUUUGGCUUGAGUAUAUCAGGAAUCAACAAAGGCAAUGGAGAAGAAAAUGUCCGCCCACAAAAAGGCCAAAUCAUUGACUUCCGAGGGCUGCUCACAGAUGCCAUCAAAGGAGCAACCAAUGAACUUGGCUUGAACAGCUUUGACUGUAACCCAGACCCCUCAGAACGAUUGUUGAAACCUCUGAGUGCAUUUAUUGGCAUGAAUAGUGAGAUGCGAGAAUUGGCAGCCAUGGUGAGCCGGGACAUUUAUCUCCAUAAUCCAAACAUCAAGUGGGAUGACAUUAUCGGACUCGACACAGCCAAGCAGUUAGUCAAAGAAGCUGUUGUGUACCCUAUAAGGUACCCACAGCUGUUUACAGGAAUUCUUUCCCCCUGGAAAGGACUACUGCUCUAUGGCCCUCCAGGGACAGGAAAGACUUUGCUGGCCAAAGCUGUGGCCACGGAGUGCAAAACAACCUUCUUUAACAUUUCUGCAUCUACCAUUGUCAGCAAAUGGAGAGGGGAUUCAGAAAAACUUGUUCGGGUGUUAUUUGAACUUGCCCGCUAUCACGCCCCCUCCACCAUCUUCCUGGACGAGCUGGAGUCAGUGAUGAGUCAGAGAGGCACGGCUCCUGGGGGAGAGCAUGAAGGAAGCCUUCGGAUGAAGACAGAGUUACUAGUGCAAAUGGAUGGGCUGGCUCGCUCAGAGGAUCUCGUGUUUGUCUUAGCAGCCUCUAACCUGCCAUGGGAGCUGGACUGUGCCAUGUUACGCCGCCUGGAGAAAAGGAUUCUGGUUGAUCUCCCGAGCCGGGAGGCCAGGCGGGCCAUGAUCUACCACUGGCUGCCCCCUGUGAGCAAGAGCAGAGCCCUGGAGCUGCGCACGGAACUGGAGUACAGCGUGCUGAGCCAGGAGACGGAGGGCUACUCAGGUUCAGACAUUAAGCUCGUCUGCAGGGAAGCAGCCAUGCGGCCUAUGAGGAAGAUCUUCAGUGCCCUUGAAAAUCAUCCAUCAGAGAGCAGCAAUUUACCUGGAAUCCAGCUGGAUACAGUGACCACUGCUGACUUCUUAGAUGUGCUAGCUCACACCAAGCCUUCAGCAAAGAAUCUGACUCAAAGAUACUCAGCCUGGCAAAGUGAGUUCGAGUCUGUAUGAAAUCACAUUUAUCCUGCCCUGGCCAGGGACAACCACAGAGGCCUCCUAAUUUCUUAGUGUAAGCAGAGGAACAAUGAUUGGAACAGAAAAAUUAUCCUUGAAGACGGAGUUUGUUUGAACAACUAUACU